AUGGGAAAUUCAUCUUCCCAGAACCGUGCAACGGUUAGAAAGACCCCAGCUCAACUCCAAAUUCACCCAAUAAUUCCUAUCAUCAAUAGCCCAAAUCCUCAAAUAUCUUCUCCAUUAAACUCAGAUAGCCCAGACCUUAUCGUGGGACCGUCACCAAUAAACUCAACUAGUUCAUCUUUCCCCCCUCACGAUCCUGCAGACACCCUUAAACUUCUUGCUCAGCUCGACAAUGAAAUCUCAGAUAUUGUGCGCCAGUCAAAUAUUAAAAUUGUCCCCCAAUACCCCAACCCCCGCUCCAUUGCGCUCCUCGACCAGAGUCUGCGCGGCCAUACUGUGCUCACAUCGCUCAGCGACCUACGCACCAUCGCCACACGUCGCGCAUCUCUCUUAUCACCAGAAACAGACCCAGAAGAUGCUCUUCUCGACCUUGCAAACAAAAUCAGAUACAUCCGCAAGCAUAUCCAUCGCGACAUCUUUACCACCUACACCUCCAACCACUACAUUGCAGACCCUCCUCCACCUUUCCAUGAAAGAUACUUGGCUCAACGCGAUCCAGGCUCCUUCGACCAUGUUUAUUACGAGCGACCUCAGAUUCCUAACAAGUCUUCUUCAAGUCUGAUUGCCUGGCAUGCUCACCUUCAGCAACUCCAGGUCGACGACCUUCAACACAAACUUCGCGAGGAACAACAGCGGGCCGAAUAUCGCCAUUCUCAAACCUUUUUUAGCGGAAACUCUGAAACAUUUCCUCUCGAUAGCGAAGAGGAAGAUAACCAUAUACAACAUAUGCAGCUUAUGCAGCAUGAACUUGCUCUUCAGCAAAGUCGGCUCCACCAACUCCAAGACCUUGCUCAGCUUGAACACUUAGACGACAACGACAACGACAACCACUACAAUAUCCACAAUGAUGAACAAAUGAUUGAAGAUACAGUUUUCUUCCACAGACCAGGUUCAGUCUCUACUCAAUCCUUGGCAAUUAUUAAGGACUCUUCCGAAGUUUCAUUGCCCCGCGGCAACAACAACAAACUCCUAUCAGUAAUCAACAGCCCUAUUUCUACAAAUACUGAUGCAUUCCAUGCAGAUAUAAUUUCAAUGGCUUCUGACAAAGAUAGCGUUGUCGAUAUUGGCCAAUUUGCAUAUCUCAAACACUACUCACCUUCCGGGUUCCAAGUUUCUUUGUUUGAUGAAGCAGGGCUUAAUAGCAGCACAGAAAUUUUAAAAUCAAUUCGCAACAGUAGAGUAAGCAACUUACCCCAAGAGGCUCCUAUCCAAGAAGAAGACGAUACCGAGUAUUUUACCUUGCAUCAGCAACAACUUCCAGAAACUUCACAGGAAGACUGUACCAAAAAAUCAUUCCACCAAGAUGAAUCUAUCCCUGAAAAUGGAUCACAGACCCGCCAUCUCAGCAUCCCCUCUACCGCACCUACAUUUUCAGGACGCAGAUCUGGAGCAGAUAAUCAGCGACGACGACAACAUGUGGAUUCUCUAGGAAAUGUAUCAUUGGACGAGUCGAUGAUUGAGGACCGGAUCGAGAUCCGAGAAAUUAAAACUCGUACACACUCCAAUCUUUUCGACGACCUCACAGAAGACGCAAUGCCUCUGUUUGAGCAGGUUCAGCAACAGAUCCUCGACACUCAGCGGGCUCGCGCAGAAGCCCAGCAACUGCGCAAAGACAAGAGCAAAAGAAGGAAAAAUAGUCGCCGUGAUGACCAAAGUGAAGAUCGUGAAGGGCCCAGCCGCAGCACCCAAGACGAAAAUAAUACCAUUCCACUGGAAGACGCAAUUGGGGAGUGUUUUGCCCAUCCGCCUGAGCAAAAGAAACUUGAAUAUUCACCUGCAAUUAUUUCCCCCCCGAUCCAACCUUCUCGACAUCACCGCAAAGUUUCUCUCGAAAACAUGGAGCAGAAUAUUGUUUCUCCUAAAAUGGCUGAGUCCAGUCUGGCUGACUAUGUGGUCACCAGCGAAGCUGCCAGUUUUGCAACAGCCAUCUCACCGUCUCCUUUACAGACAUCAUCUACGCCUUUGGCCUUGGCCCCCACGCCAUCAAAACGAAACGUCGCAACCAUUGACCCAAUCAGCUUGUCAUCUGAAGCACCGGAACCAGCAGCGCAGGUAAAUACAGUGCAAAUUCAUUCUCUGAGAAGUGUCGACCAUGUCCCAGUCACCAUUUUGGAACCGUCAAACAAGCACAAGAAAAAACCGUCGCUUUCUGUAUCUCUCUCAGCCUCGCUUUUGCGCCGUCCUGGUACCAAUACUACUACUCCUACCACCAAAGCAGCCAUUGCUCCUACUUCUCGCCCAUCAGUGGCCUUCACCACUAACCAGUUUGCACCAGCUCCCAAGAGUUUCAACAGUGCGCUUAUUUCUUUUAUUUCAUUUGGCCUUCUUAAGCGGAAAAAGGGCGAAAAGCAACAGCAAGAUAACCAAGAAUUUUCUUCUUCUUCUUCUUACUUUGUAGGAAGUACGCCGUUCGAAUCGUUGGCCCCUACUGGGUCUUCUUCUUACAAUAACAAUAACACAAAGAAAUCGCGUCGAUAUCGCAUCUUGUCUGGCGCGCGCAGAAUCUCACGCAAACACAAGAAUAAGGCCGGUGGUCUUGGUGGCACAAUGCCUACCAUGACUGGCAACACAAGUCUUCUCGAUUCUAACAUUGGCAUGGGCGCAUACACACCAGGGACUAUUCCUCAGCAAUCUAAGUCGCGGCUUGGUCCCAUCACGUCGCCUGUGCGGCCAGAUUCUCCUGAUAAAAUGGCUAAGCAGUACAUUCCCCACCGACGGCCCAGCGACUCGGUUCCUGGUGAGAUUGAGCCAGUUCAGCGGUCCACAGAUGAACCCCGUAUUGAAAAUGAACAGCAAUUAUAUGACCAACAUCUCAAGUACCAACAACAACAACAACAACAGCAAUACGCUUACCAGCAUGCUCUUUUUCGACCACCUCCAGUUUCUGCAUUUGGUUCCCAACUGGAGCCUGUUCAAGAGGUGCCUUCUCUUUUGUCAUCGCCAGACGUUGGCGCAGAUGAUGGCAGUACUAGCAACUUGCAUGCCACUCUGGACAGCUCUUUACUUGAGCCUAGUGAAAACCUACGGGCCUCACGAUCACGGUCUAAUGCUGGUGCCGGUGAUUCAGUCAGUCGAAGCUCAUCUGUCAGCUCGCGUGCGCGCUCGAUCCGACGGCAGGGACCUUACCGCCGAGUGGUUAUGCAAACUUCAGGGUCACCAGUUCCACCACUUUCUCCAGCAUUAGCAGCUGCGGCUGUCGCCAUGACGUCUUCUACUUCACUAUUACGUGCGGUCAUGUCUGUGCCAUCGUUGCGCAGCGCAGACUUGGCGCGCGUCAACGAGUCACUUGAGAAACUUGUGCAGAAUGACCAAGGUUCCGACAAUGACACACAAAACGGAGAAGUUUACCAACCAGCACCACGAAUGCACAUCAGCUUGAAAUCUCCAAGCUCUGGGUCUUUAUAUGCACCUUCUUCGACGACUCCUACCAUGUACACUUCGUUUAGCGGGGGGCCUUCUGGGUUCAAUGUUGGACUUGAUGGGUACUCUACUUCCAGCAUUGCGGAGGAGAAUGAGGAGGAGCUUGUACUGGGGACCAAUGGUCAGCGACUACAGGCGCAGUACCAGAUGCUAUUGUUGCAAGCGCAGAAGGACGACGAGCGCGAGCGUGACAUGACGCGUCUACAGGAGAUGAUUCUUGAGGAGCAGCGCAAGGCACGCAAGAUGAAGCGGCGGAUGGAGAAGAAGCGACAGCGACAGGCUCUUCAGCGACAGCGCGAAAAGGAGUUUUUGAAAGCAGAAGCUGCAGCAGUAAAGGCUGCGGAGGCUGCUGCUGCCGCCGCCACUACCGUCAAUGCUACUCAAGCGUCAAUGACGACGUCGACCACGGAUGAUGAUGGCCACUACAGUACUUCGCACGAGGAUGAAUGGGAAGAGGAGGGCGAUGUGACAGGCGAGCAUGGAAGACCUAAAGCUGUGGAUCCUGUUCGGGAGACGUCGCAGCCUGAUUCUGUGCAGACUGUAGAGUCUGUGCCCAUGUCUAAAUCAGUUUCUGAUCCUACUACGGUUGCCACUUCCCCUGAGGCUGUUGCAGCUAUUAUGGUCAAGCCAUCUUCAACCAUUGCCGUUGUUCUUGGAGAAGAUGAGCACGUUAAGAGGACUGAGGAGGAAGAAGACGAGAUGGUUCCAAGCCCAGACUUUUCUACAGCUACAGCGACACCAGGGAUGGCAGCAACAACUAGGUUUUCGGAUGAGAUUGCAGCUGCAGCGGAGACAAUUCGACACAAGCGGACCAGCAAGGACUCUUCUAGUCGAGGGACGGCUGGUGUCAGCAGAAACAGUGGAGCCUUACGCGAUGAUGAUGAGUUUGUAAAUCACCGAACAAGCUUUAACGAAAGCCAGUUCCAAGCGGCACAAAGGGAAAACCACCAACGCAUGUCUCAAAGAAACGAAAAUGAGCAGGAAGACGAGGAUCCCAAUGACAAGACGCCGCAGGUUUUACAGAGUGAAGGCAAGUGGGCGGUUCUGGAGCAACACGAGUUACCAGCAGCAGCAAAUGUCAAGAGUGAUAAAUCUGGGGAGGCAAAUAAGAAAAGCCAAGAUCGGUACCAGCAGCCACCACCACCUCCACAAAGUUCAGCUACGCCAUACUAUGAUAGUAAUCGUUAUGAUGGUGAUGACGACGACGAAGAAGAACCUUCAUUACCUUCAAUUCCCAAUGCCGAAGAAGAGCUUGAGCGACAAGAGUGGUUUACGCGACGACAGAACGAGGCAGAGGUAGCAGUACGAGAGCGGGCAGCGCAAUUAAAGCAGCACUACGAGAAUUUUGUUGCUCCGAGACAAGUGACACGCGCGUCGUAUUCGAUGCGGGCAUCUGGACAUUCUGCGCGGUCUUCUUCAGGACAGUCUUCAGGGCCGACAUUAAAAGAUGCGGAGCUUGCGAUUGCGGCGGCUGCGGCGGCUGAAGCUACAGCAGCUGGGCAAACAGCACUGAAGAGUACGAGUGGGAGCCGAAGAAGUCACAAGAGCACAGCCAGCAGACAGACCAGCAAGCGGAGCAAGCAAAGCAACGAGAGUGUAGAGAGCAGCAACAGCAGCAGAGAUAUUGUGAGUGAGAACCUACAUGAGCCUAAGAAGAAUGUGAGUGGUCCGCCGUUGUUUGGGUACAGUGACGAUGGUUGGUACGACGACGAGGACGACGAUUUUGAGGCCGAUGAUAAUGAUGAUGAGGAUGAUGAUGAUGAAGAUGAGGAAGAACUGGAGGACUUUGAGAAUUCUGGUAGCUACAGCCGUGGGGAUAUUGCACACGUGGGAGCAAGCAAGAAGAUCAGAGUCCCUAGGCAGUCCAAACAGACCAGGGAAUUGUUGGUGGGUCCAUCACCAUCGAUAUCGAUAUCUCAGCAGCAGCCGCAGCAAGUCAUACCGAAGACCACCCAAGGGUCAACUCCACUGUCAACGUCUUUAUCUGGUCAAGGAAAGCGAAAGCCACUACAGAAACAUAUUCACAGCGAGUCUCAGCAAGGUGCCGCUGAGUUGUCGCUUGUGACGGCCGGCGUUGGCCCGAAGAAGCCGCAGCAGCUGCAGGGGGAGGUUCUUGGGGGUCCUGUUGGCGGGUCUUUAUAUUCUGCAGAGUCGUCUUUGUACUCGGUUGGAGCGGGUGGAAGCACUGGGAUGGUGGCGGCAGCGGCCAUGGUGGGAUCGAUUGGAUUUGCAGACGAUGGUGACAUUUUCUACACACCGCCUGCGAGCCGACUAUCAGAGCAGCCAAGUGUUCCCAGCGGCACGUGGGACGGGUCUACGGAAGCUGUGGCGAUCAAGAAGAAGAAACCGAAGAAAAAUCAGCGGCAGCAAGACGUCAAAAACUCAGCGACUUUGGACGAAGCAGCGACUUUGAAGUUGCAGCAGCAGCAACGGCAGCAACGACAACAACAACAACAGAAAGUUUCUCAGCCGCUACCAUCGGUAAAGCCGCACCACCAUAAAUCUGUUUCGAUUUCAGAGGCGCUUCCCCAGUAUUACGAGGCGCAUGACCACCACUAUAGUAACAGCGAUUUUAACGACAAUCGAUUUGAAAGGGGGGGAGGACAUGCGCAAGAGGAAAUUGGGUAUUAUGAUCACGAAGUGGAGUUUGGCGGGUAUGGCCGCUCUGUUGUGGACGAUACCAAGAGACGGCACUUGCGAGAAAUGGCGCGGUUGGAUGCACAACUGGACGAGCUGGUGCGACGGCAGGAGCUGCGGCAGGAGCGAUGGCGGCGCCAGAAAGAGCUGCAGUUGGAAGGAGCAGACGGGACAUCUAUGCUUGUUGUGCGGAGUGGCGACAAAAAGAAGAAGAAGAAGAAGGGCAAUAAGAAGAGCACAAUUGGCGGGGACAGCGGCAGCAGCAGCACAGUAUCUGUUCCUAAGAAGCUGUCGACUUCAAUGUCAAUGACGACGAUUCCUAGCAGACAACAGCAGCAGCGCCGAUGGGAUUACGGUGGAGAGAUCGACAACGGAUAUGAUAUUACAGGUGUUCAGCGGUCUCGCAGUCAGAGGGGCCCUGGGGCACCCAUUUCGUCAUCGUCAUCAUCGUCGUCAUCAACCUCUGCAUUUUCAGGUCGGCCGCUGUAUCAGCACCAGCAGCAUCAGCAGCUGGCGCUUAAACCAGCCUACAGCAAAAAGGGGAUGCCGAAGCAUUCACAGCUUCAAUAUUCCAAGCCCAAGUUACAGAAACAUCGCCGCGUGGUUAGCGAGUUUGCUAGUAGCAGCAGUAACGAAGGCAGCCAUGGAUAUCUUGCUGAGCGGCUGCGGGGUGGUGGCAAUGGCUCUUCACGACAUUACGGUGGAUACCGCAGUGAAGAAGAAGAUGAUGAUGAUGAGAAUGAGGAUGAGGAGGAUGAACGACAAAGGUAUGAGGAUUUGGGCUAUGUUAGUCGUUAUGCUGUUGAAGAAGAUGAUGAUGGCCGGUAUGCAGAUGAGGAGCGAGAUCGGUACGAUUACGACGGAGAUCUUCGGCUCAGUUUUGGUUCUGUGCGGGCCGCGGUUCCUGAGCGGGUUGGAGAGUAUGUGCGGCCUGUGUCUGCAGCCAUGACGCCGGUAUCGUCUUCUCACCAUCACACGCGACUACGCAGUGUUCAUAGCCGAGGGUUAAGCGAAGAGUCUGGAGGUAGCAUGUCGUUGGGACCUACAAUGAGCAGCAGCAGUACGUUGACUGCGACUCCCAAAUCGAGCAUGAGCAUGAGCGAACGGCGACGAGCCAGCAAGCGAUUGGCGCAGGCAUGGAAGAGCGGUGGUGGUGGCGGUGGUCCUGGUGAAGACAUUGGGUACCACCAGUUGCAGUAUUACUUGCCUACUACUACGACGGGAGCAGCAACGGCGGCGGCGGCAGCAGCAGCAGCCACUAUGGGAGCCAGUAAUAAUACUGCUGUGUCUUCGACCUCUUCAAUCUACGUGCCAUUGUCUUCAUCAUCAUUUGGAUACAUGCCGACAGCAUCUGGGGCGCGAUCUUACCGAGGGCUUGCGCGGGGUCGUGAUCGUGACCGGGAUCGAGACUCUCUUGAGUCGCUAUUAGUUUCAUCUGCUGAUGACCUUGAGGCUGCGUUGAUUGAUUUAGAAGCUGUGAGCCGCAGCAGUAGUGCUCGGAGCAACAAUCGCAAGACAGCGACUCGGGUUUCUUCUUCAGAAACUGGCCAUAAUAGCAGUAAGAUUAAUUUGGGCCCGGUAUCAUCAUCAUCAUCAUCUUCUUCAGCAGCAGCAGCAGCAGCGCGCCAAAGUCCGGACUUUAUUGAGCGGUUGCAGCGACAGGUGGAGCAACAGAUCAAGGCGCAGUUACAGGAGCGACGACUUCAGGAUGAGCAUGAGCGUGCACGAUUGCAGCGGUACCACCGAACGAGCGGUGGAUCUGGGCGAGUUUCUGGGUGA